AUGUCUUUCCUGGGUACAAAACAGCAGGAUCGAUGCAAGGAAAUAACACCUCAAGGAAGCUGGAAAUUUAAAGAAAAGCCGGACAUGGUAUCUGAUGUUUUGAGUGAUCAUUUUAUAAAUAUCGCGGAGGAAGUUCGGGAUAAGGAAGAGUUAAGGAAGAACAAAGCGGAUUUGAGUAAACAUUCCAGCAUACACUCAAUCAUAAAUCAUUCCAAUAAUGUAGAAGACAUUGGUUUUCACCAUUUGGACGCUGUCAAUGCUGAAAAG